AUGAAACGGCAAGAAGGACAGCCUCCUUUGGGUCGAGAACUCCACAUGGUGGAUCGACUCCGAGACGUUUCAUGCCAAUCAACAAAUCUAACCGACUUCCAACCAUCUGCUCUUCUUCCAAAAACUUCUCAUUAUGUGACAUAUGAAGGCUCACUGACAUAUCCAGGAUGUCAUGAAACUGUCACAUGGGUUAUUCUCAAUAAUCCAAUUUACAUUACUAAUGAUGAUCUUCAAAUCUGGAAUGAACUGCAGAAAACUGAAACAAAACAACCCGAACCUUCAUUCAUGACACCUGCUUAUCGUCCAUUGAAAUCUUUAAAUGGACGACUGCUGAGAACGAAUAUUAAUGUUGGAUCAAAGGAUUCAUCAUCAUCAUCAUCUUCUUCUUCUUCAAGUUGUCCAUCAAAUAUAUACGUGGAAAUGGGAUAUCGAGCGAAUCCUGGAAGAAAUAAAAGAAAUGAUUCAGUCGCUCGAAGAUAUAUUCCAAAAUCUGAAGUGUUCGAAAUCGAUAACAUUCGACCCGAUGAGAUUUCAAAGAUUCGAUCAUUUUGA